AUGAAACAACAGAUAAAUGCAUUUGUAGUAUUAUUUUUAGUGAUCAGUAGUACAUUAUUGUUGGCAUGUCAAUGUGACUCUGUUGUCGUGUCACGACAACAAGGAGAGGAUCAGUCUGCUCAAUUUGGCAUCGCGAGUGUUACCGAUGAUUCAUCUUUAUCAUCAUCAUCAUCACAUAAACCUAUAUUCAGAGCAGGUGAUUUCUUGUCUGGUGUUGUAUCUGGUGUCACUCGUCAAAUUGUAGAUCCAACAAUUGAAUCAUGUUUGAAUGAUUUUGGUUUGGAUGAAUCAUUUACAGAGCAACUUGGUAAAGGAUUAAAACUAAUUGAAAGUGGAUUGGCUAGUAACCAAAUCACAGACAUCAAGACUGGUCUCAAUCAUUUUGCAAACAGUAUCAACUCUAUCAAGGCUGCCACUAGCGCAUGUCAUCAGACCAGUGUAUUCACUGCUAUUGAUGGUCUCGCUCAAUUCAACGGUCAAGAUUGGGGUAAUGUAUUUGAUAUUAUUGUCAAGAAAUGUGACGUUCAAAUAGUCUAUACCAAUUGGUAUAAAUUCGAUGCCACCAUUAUGUUUAACAAUGCAAUCUCGGAUUGGAAUGACCAUUCAUUUAAUUCGGCUGGUUUCAAUAUUGGUGGAAUCAUUGAGCUUGUCUACCAUCAGAGCUUAUUGAAAUCACAAGAACAUUGA